AUGCGCUCUGCUGGGCUUUUACCUGUUGCCAUUGGCUUUGCGGGGUUCGCAACGGCCCAGUUCCCGCCCAAGCCUGAAGGCCAGAAGAUACUGCGGUCAAAGUUCCAUGAGAACGUGACCAUUACCUACAAAGAGCCCAACAUUUGCGAGCCCAGUUCCUCUGCACGCUCGUAUGCUGGCUAUGUCCAUCUCCCUCCAGGUUUCCUGGAUGAUGUUGAUGGAGAAAAGCAGGACUAUCCUAUAAAUAGUUUCUUCUGGUUCUUCGAGGCACGCAACUCUCCGCAGGAUGCACCCCUUGCCAUCUGGCUCAAUGGUGGCCCUGGAGCGAGUUCGAUGAUUGGUCUCUUGAGUGAAAACGGCCCGUGUAUCAUCAAUGCGGACUCUGAGACGACUCGGCCCAAUCCCUGGAGUUGGAACUACCAUGUGAACAUGCUGUACAUUGACCAGCCAAACCAGGUCGGCUUCUCCUACGACGAACCGACAAACGGAACCGCAGUCUACGACGACCAGCGCAUCUACCCAGGAGAGUUUCCCGAGGGCGCCCCUGAAGGCAACUACACCCACCGACUGGGCACCUUUCCGAGCCAGAAGCCGUCUCACACGACCAACAGCACCGCCCAGGCUGCCCACGCCCUCUGGCACUUUGCCCAGACCUGGUUCACUGAGUUUCCCCAUUACAAGCCUGUGGACGACAGGAUCAGCCUUUGGGCCGAGAGCUACGGCGGGCACUACGGUCCUGGAUUCGCACGGUUCUUCCAGGAGCAGAACGAGAAGAUUGAGGAUGGGACGAUUGAGGACGAGAAUGCGCAUUACCUCCAUCUUGACACGCUCGGUAUUGUCAAUGGCUUCAUGGAUUCCGUAAUCCAGUCCGAAUAUUACAUCGACUUUCCUUAUAACAAUACAUAUGACAUACAAGUCUUCAACCAAUCCCUCUACGACGAGCUCAAGAGAAACUGGACCACUCCCGGCGGCUGCAAAGACCAGCUCACAACCUGCCAGGACCGCCUCUCCGCCUUCGACGUCAACACCGUCAACCGCGGCCACGUCCAGCCCGCCGACGUGUGCGACAUCGCCCCCGAGUGCGACGACGCCGUUCCCCGGCUGUACGCCUCCCUCAACCACGGCUGGCUCGACAUCGCCAACCCGGCCGCCGAGCCGUUCCCCGACCCUUACUUCUACGGCUACGCCGCCCAGGAAUCCGUCCUCGCCGCCAUCGGCUCCCCCGUAAACUUCACCUUCGAGUCCUUCACCGUCGCUUCAAACUUCGCCAGCACCCGCGACGAGAUCCACGGCGGGUUCCUCGACGCCAUCGCAUACCUCCUCGACUCCGGGGUGAGUGUCCACAUGAUGUACGGCGACCGCGACUACGCCUGCAACUGGGUCGGCGGCGAGGCCGCCUCCCUCGCGGUGCCUUACUCACGUCAGGAGAAAUUCGGCGCCGCGACGUACGCCAACUUCUCCGUUGAGGGGGCCGGGGUGGGCGGCAUCACGCGCCAGCUGGGAAACUACUCCUUCACGCGGGUGUUUCAGGCCGGGCAUAUGGUCCCGUCGUACACCCCCCAGGCGGCGUACGAGAUCUUCAUGCGGGCGACGUUUGGGAGAGACAUUUCGACGGGGACGGUACCCGUCCACGAUGAUCUGACUAACGGGGGUGAGGCGGUUGAUAGGUGGGUUAGUAACGAGAAGCCGGCCGUGGCGGAGCCGCGGUGCUAUGUUCUUGCGCCGGCGACCUGCACUCCCGAGGUAUGGAAGAAGGUUAAGGAGGGCAAGGUUCUGGUCAAGGAUUUCUUUGUUGUUGAGAUUUAUGAUGAUGAACAUGUCGGCUAUGAUAGUUACGAAAAGGGGGGCGUAGUUGUGGAAGAUAUGGAGGGAAAUGAUGAGCUUUAG